AUGCAAGGCGGUCAAACAAACGAAAAGAUGGUUACGGUGGAUGUUCCUAAUAUAGCUGUUCCCAUAAAACUCGCAUUGCUUAAAGAUCAUCAAAUACAACGAACUCGUAGAACUUUUUCGGUCAUACUUGGCGUUUUGAUUGGUCUGGGUGUGUUCGCUACGAUUGUGUCGUUUUAUGGAAGCAACAAUGAUAUUUGUUUACUUACGCCUAGACGUGUACCAAAGACUAUUGAAUAUCUUAUGUCAAUUAUUUUCUGUAUCUUUGGAUUUCACGUCGCUCAUCGCUACUCUACAAUUGGUUUACGAGUAUUUCUUGAGUUUGCUUGGCUUAUCAUAUUUGAACUAGUUAUUGAUGGUAUUAUGAUUAUAGUUUUCUUCCAUAUUGGUGCGACAGCUUCACAUGCUAGAAAUUCAAAUGUUUAUAGACAGAGUGAAGCCCGCAUAAGUUAUACGUCACCGAACGCUUUCUUAUGCGCCUUAAUAUACAUUUUUGAUUUUAUUUUUGACAUUAUCAUUGUAAGACUUGCCUUCAAAUUAGCCAAACUUAUUGAAAUUAGAAAAUCUUCAAUUAUUCAACAAAUAUAA